CCCGGGUCCUGCUGACCCCGUCCUGCUCACAGACAUCACAGCCCUCACAACGUUCACACUUUCGUAAUCGCCACCACAGCCACCACGCCAUCGCAACAUUGCACCAUCACGUCCAUCGCCAACGAUUAGGACCAUUACACCUCCACAAUCAUCACAGCCACCACAAGUUCACAACACCGCAACACCCAUCAACCAUCACCGCCACCACACCAUCGCACGCAUCAACACAAACAUGUCCACGGGCUCCAGUAGCGACCCGGACGAGAGGCAGGACGUGGAGGCGACGGAGGAGGUUGGCACGGAGCCUCCUCCGGGCAGCGCCGACGUGGACGCCUCGGUGUCAUACGCGGAGGACGCCUCGGUGUCAUACACGGAGGACGCCUCGGUGUCAUGCGCUGAGGACGAGUGUCCUCUCGGUGGCGUCGGAGGUGGCGCGCAGAGGAGAGGCGGCCGUGCGAAUGGCGAGAGGGGCGCUUGCGCCGGCUCCUCGAGGCGGAGGCCCCAGCGGGGAGCGGCGAACGCGCGAGAGCGAGCCCGCAUGCGGGUGCUGAGCAGCGCCUUCUCGCGCCUCAAGCACACGCUGCCCUGGGUGCCUCCCGACACGAAGCUCUCCAAGCUCGACACGCUGCGCCUCGCCUCCAGCUACAUCGCGCACCUGCGCAGGCUCCUGGACGCGGACGCCAGGGACGGCGGCGGCGCGGAGUCUCCGAGCCACCCCGCGAGCCUGACCUGGCCCUUCGCUGCAGGACUCAAGGGCGAGGCCGAGUACCACGAGGUUGGGAGCGGCGCGCUGCUCUGCAAGCUCACGUCCGCCACGUGACGGGGACUCCAACACUCACACACACACUCACGGACCUCUCCCGCAGAGACGGGGACUUAACGCUCCCACCGGGACACCAUGCAGCAGUGGAUUGAUCAUGGCCGAUUACGAUGAUGAUGAUGAUGACUGGCACAACCCAGGACUCUCGGUGAAGAUCGCGACAACUCAGAAAUACGAAGAUGGUGGCGUAGACAUUGAGUGUGCAGGCGGUGCAACGGCACCACGGCUCAGGAGUCGGGCUCUGUUGGCUGGGGGGAGAGUUGGACUGGGUCCCAUGUAACGCCUUGCGCCAGGGCCGGUACAGACCGCGCUACGCCACUGACUGCAGGGUUGACUCCAGCGAUGCACGUAAGGGUCAGGAGGUCACUGUGAUUGCCCAUUUUCUACUCCUUCGGGGUGUGAUCUGAGACGGGCAGUGGGCAGCCACGUGGUGGAAAUGCCGCGUUCUCUCAGAAUGCGUGCCGCUAAUUGUGGGAGGUCAGCAUUAGUGGACACGUGGGAGCGAACUUUGAGAGCUAAGGGAGCUGACAACCAAGAUCCUCUUCAGCCCAGAGCCUCUGUCACGGAGCUAUUGAGCGAGUCUAGCGCUGAGAUGAGUUAUCCAUCCCGACUCACCACGAUUCAUACACCGACUCAUAUACUCACCAAUUUCGACUCACCCACCCUCACGCAUUUCUGCACCCCUUGCCAGGCCCAUCCACCCCAACCAUGCAUCCAGCCCGACGAAUGAAACCACCACCCAAUCACGCACCACCCAAUCUUUCACUCAACUCAACUCUCCCAUCACUCAUCCACCCCAGCUCGCCGCACCUCGACUCACCCCCCCCCCCCCCACCAUCGCACAUUCGCCGUGGCCUCGCCCUUAUUUGGUUGAAACUUCCACGACCGACUGACGAGCCGCUCCGAGGUUCACAGCGAGCCGCCAGCUCGCGGCUUCGUCUCGGCUCGGUGCGCUGCUCUCGUCGCCUCUUGGUGGCGGAGCUCCUCGCUGGAACUUCACCUCGCCGGGAGCCCCAGGGAGCCCCAGGGAGCCCCACUCGCAGCAGAUGCCGGUCGGGGGGCUCGGGGUCGCUACCCCCUCCAUCGAUCGGCGAGACUCGGUGGGGGCCAAGUCCGCAGGAGACCUCACCACCACCACCGAGAGUUGCGACGCUGGGGAGGUGCUCAUUGCUCCGAGUGCGCGCGAUGCACGGCCACUGCGCCGCACUUCGCCACGCCGCACUUCGUUGCCGGGGUUGGUGGAAGCGUGGGGCCCAGACGUGGGAGCGCAGCAGUCGAGACGAACGGGUUGCGUGGCACAGCGCUCCUCUGCCGACAGCGCAGCCUCCGACAGCCGCCACCACGCACGGCCCUCGACCCCACGAGCGCUAUCCAGGCUCGGCGCUGAUCCGCUUCAGAAACCACGCAACGUGGUGGUGGAACGCGACAUUCCGAUUCUACGCCAGUUGCGCGCGUAAUGAUUCACUCCGUGCUGCCCCAGCAAUUCUCUUGUCACGAUUCGGGUCCAUGAUUUGAUUCAAACAUCGAUUAUCUUUCUCGUCUCGUUCAUAGCCCCUCGUUUGUAUCGUUGUUCACGGUCGUGUUCGCUUCAUAACCCGGACGUGAACGAUCGCUACCACAGAAUGUUCAUGCGUCGGAAGUGGUGGAUGAGCACGCGCGAGCGUAAUAAGCUAUUCUCAUCGAUAAAUCGAUGCUUUACAGAUCUGGGAGUUUAAAUCGGAAGUGUUGCCAUACGUGGACAAUGAUCAAAAAUAUAUCGUUAUAGUGAUCAAUUUGCAACGUUUAUACUAAGAGAACUUCGUCCAACAGUGUAUUGACCAUGGCUGUCGACGUCUUCCAUCAACCUCAAUACACUCAUUACAUCUUCAAACACCCUCUCUGAGACAUGGAGUAAUUACACAAAUAACAAUCAGCGGUUAAGAGAGCGGAUCAUCAACUAUACAUCAGGCAGCGGGGUGUCUAUAAAUGUAUCACCUCCUAUCAGUCGAUUCCUUCACGUCUCGCCUGUGGACCCGCCCAGUGAACCGCGCCACUGAUCAGAAGCUUGCUCCAGAAAGUCCACGGGGCCCAGAAGGAGACGUCAUUGACCAAACGGUGGCGAAACUUCACGUGCAUUGUUAACACGAGUGGACUGUUCGAUAAGCCGUGCAUGCCAAAUAGUACCCUCGCCUAAGACGCAGCUGCCAUCGUCCACAGAGUCGUUGGAAUCGAGCGACAUUCCCGCUCUGGGCUCAC